AUGAGCUCAAUGAACGCAGGAGCCAAUCCUCAGUUUCCUGCACUCCGCCAUCUUCCUUGCUCGGAUUUUCCUUUUUCAAGUUCCAGGCAGACCACUACGGUUCCCUCGGACGACGCGGACCUGCAACAGCUCUCCUCAUAUUGGGGCCGUGCUCUUGAUCCUCCCCAAACUCAGCAGCCAUCGACGUCGUCUUCCCAAGCACCAACCAAAGGUCAGCUGGUUAGAAAACGUGAAAGUAGUUCGUCUGGAGCCAACAGGCCAGCUCAUCAAAGUGCCACCGAGCAGGUUCCGGUCGUGGAUUCCUCGGACAAUGCCGCCCAACAACAGCCUUCCACCUCGAAUCCGAGACAAGCUCUUGCUCCAUUGGACCUCCUAAUGCUGCAAAGAUUGGUGGAAAAGCACUCCACCUCCAACGCUCUCCAUCAACAGAUUGUGGUGGAUGAAGAAGCCACAAGCCAACCCUCCACUUCGAGUGCCGGAUCGUCUCAGCCACCUCAAGCUGCGGUGAACCGGAGAGCACAGACCAUCCACUGCACAGAACUUGCUGCCGUCAUACAAAGAGAAAACUGGAACAAGGAAACUCCGAUCUGUGAAAUUCUUCAUUCUUUGACUUCAGCUUCAUCUUUGGAAUACGGGUCGAGCUCAUCGAACGGCUCCCCAGCUUCAACUCCUCAAGCAAGGAGUAAAGUCGAAACAGACGCCAGAAGAGCUGUGGAAGACGUUUUGAAGGCCCUUGAAGAAGGGAGAAGAAGAAGUGAAACUCCACCAACUGCAGCUGAAGUAACUGCGGAGUCCACCCCACAGCCGACCCAGCAAAGUUCAUCCAAUACCAUUGUGGUGGAGGAAGAAGCAACAAACCAACCCUCCACUUCGAGUGCCGAAUCGUCUCAGCCACCUCGAGCUGCGAUCCCUGUGGUUGUGUUGGAUAAGGAUGCCACAGAGCAACCCUUUAUCUCAAAUGACGGAGCAGCUCAGCCCCCUCCACAUACUCUACCGGCUCAAAAAUCCAAAACUGAUAUUGAGAAAAUUGAUAAGGAGUUCGACGACCGCCGAAAACUAAUUCUCCGCAAGUACAGAGACGCGGCAUCGAAAACUUGGGAGUUGGAGUAUGGCUUCCCGGAGUUCCCGGCCGGGGAAAUCGCUGUCAUCUAUCAAAUACUGGACUCUUCCUUCAUGACAUAUAAGACCCUCGUGGGUGAGGUCUCAAAAAUGCAGGGAGUGUCUGCAAAAAUCAAGAAAGAUAAGAUGACUGAAUUUUGUGAUGAGGAAAGGAGAAAGGAAAACGAGUACCUCUGGCGAAAAGGAGGAUUCUACCAUACGGAAUUCUUGAGGUUGAACCAAGGGCAGAGAUGUCAGCUGCUCGACAAAAAGAACCUCACCAACCAAAACGGUGCGCAGUCUUUGGUGGAGCAAACCGGAAUUCCGACGUACUUUAUGACGGAGGUGGUGGAAAAGUACAGAAUCUUCGAGCAACAGUACAUCCCAAGUGCUAGGAAUCACACCGGAAUGGUGGUGCAGACCAAGUUCGGAGACUUGGUCACGUUGCACUUGUCCCGAAAGGAAGAAGAAAAUAAAAAUGAAGUCAUCGAUCAAAAUGCAGAUUCGAGAAUGGGGGAGAGUGAGGAAAAAAUUGAAAUUUCAAUUGAGUCUGUUCGAGAACGAGUAAGAUCUGGGGAGGCCGAGCAACGCUUCGGUGAAUCCAUCGAUGAGUCCGGACAGGAUGUCUCCGUCACAGAAGCGGCGCCGGUUGACGUACAGCCGUACACGACUCUCCCCUCUCUUCAAAGGCUCAGACAGCCGCCAGCAGUUGGUCCUUCCCAAUCUCUGCCGUCUUCCACCACCCAGUCUCCUCAACCAAAACGGAAAGCUGGAAGUUCGCCAAAAAAUGCUGCUCCAACGUCUUCAGUACCUCCCGGAAACGCGGCAGGACCAUCGACGUCUACAGCCAGACAGUCAAUUCCUCCUCCAGAUGAUAUGACAUCAGAUGACGAUGGCGCGGUAUCCAGUUAUUCCGAUGACGAGGCUAACUUUAAAAAAUCUUAUAUACGUCGGAAGAAAAUUACUGUUCCUGUCGUCAGGCAAUCAGGAGGUCGUCCCAGAAGGAUUGUGCCUGUCUCCAGACAACCUCCUCAGCAACCACGGAAAGCAGCUCCGUUGAACGGAAGACGUUCCAUGCCUUCAACGAGUUCCGUAAAUGCAGCUGGAUCCUUGAAUGCUGACAACAUCCGAGUUUCCGCGAGGAUUCAGGGAAAUCAAUGGCGUCAAAUUUCAACUGAAAGACGCGCUCCAGACAACAACCAACAAAGUCCACCAACUAUUUCACCAACCGUUGCAGUCGUGCGAGGAGUUGGUCGUCCUAAAAGAAUCAAUGGAGCAAAAUCAAAUGCGGCUGUCCCUGUUCCCUCACCUCAACUCUCACAGAGAAGAUAUCCAUCAAGGAAUGCUGCCUCCCCGCCUCCAUUCGUUCCAGCAAAUGCUUCAGGAUCCUCGUCUCACGCCGUUCAAACUCCUCCACCACAACAUAGGAGAUCACCGUCAAGAGAUGGAGUUUCCCCGCCUCCAAUCGUUCCAAGAAAUGCCGCUGGACCUUUGCUCCCAAGACAGCUUGCAGCCGAACCAAUUCUACGGGCGCCGGUUACAUACCAACAGCGAAAACUCGAAGAGGAUCUCAAGGUGGAGAGAUAUGCUGAUCCGGUGGGCAGAGCAGCCUGGUUGGCAGCCAGAGCAGCUGCAGCAAAUGCAGAAGCAGUUCAUGAAGGUCAGCGGGACAAAGAAAUGCCUCGUAACGACGGAAUGGGGGUCGCCGAGAAAGAGUCGAGAAAAAGAAGAAUUGAAGAAGCCGAGAAUGAGGAUAUAGAUGAAGAUGUUCAACCGUCGUCAUCAAAGCGCCCAACCAAGCGAAUGGAUGAUGAUCAAUCGACUUCUUCCAUGGCACCAACCGAUCAUGAAGUGGUGAGAGGAGAACCAAGAAGCUGCUCUCAAGUUAACACGCCAGCUCAAGAUCAAGAAGGAGAGCCGGCUCCAGAGGAAGAAGAGGCUCCAGUGGAAGAAGAGGCUCCAGUGGUAGAGGAGACUCCAACGGAUGAAAAUUUGGAGCGCUCCGUCUCACCGGCAUCCACGUCUUUCCAGCCACCAACCGAUGGUGAAUUGGCUAGAGGAGGACCAAGAAGCUGUUCUCGAGCCAACACGCCAGCUCACCAAAAUGUCACCGAGGAGGUUCCGGUCGUCAAAAAGGAAAUUCACGACGACGAAUAUGAGACCACUCAGGUGGUAUCGCCGAGCGAUGCAAGCCCAUCCACUUCGGGACAGAGCUCUUCAACCGAAGUGAGAAGAGGCACGGGAAGAUACUGGUGGUACCGUGAAGAGAACACCGCGGUGGAUUUUCCAAUUAUUAUGGUGCCACAACGCUCUACCUCCGCAAGACAGGCUAUGAUGAGUCCUGCCCAGUGCGCGACGGAGCGAGCUGUAAAAGUCGAGGAGCCAGAUGAACUCGAAAACCAAAAUGAAGAGGCCGUCGCCCCACCUAAUGAAGAUUUCGAGCGCGCUGUCUCUCCGGAACCCGAAAGAGUGAGCAGCACUGACGCCAAAGCCAUCCAUGCUGUGGAUGCAAAGGAAGAAGAGGCUCCAGAAAAAGAGGAUCCUGAGGAAGAUGAUGUUGCAGAGGAAGAAGAGGCUUCGGAGGAAGUGCCCCAGUUGACUGAACUCCAAAGUCGAAUACUGCAAGGAAUUCUGGAGCAAACACAUACUCCCUGUGAUGCAACGGAGCUUAAAAUUGCUGAAACUCUCCAUCUAGAUAUUUCGACUGUUUCAAACUAUUUUGAGAAUGCCCGCCGUCGUCUUGGCGUGAGUCGAUUGAUGAUGACGAUGAGCAACAUGUGA